AUGGCGAAAGAGAAGCCGCGUCGCGGGGGCGGCGCUGCCUCGCGUGGAGGCAAGAAGCGGAAGGAAUUCCAAAAGGCGCCUUGUUCGGGGAAACUUCGACAGAAGGAGCAACAGGAAAUCCGCGAGUUAGAAGACCGCAUCUGCGUCGAAAUGCCUCUCCCUGGUCUCUCGUGGCAACCCACACUCCUUCACGCGUGCCUUUCGUCUGGAUCGGGAAGCGCUUCGGACGCUCACCCGGAGGAGAAACAGCCGGGGAGCGCCGAGGCACCAGACGCCGCGGCCGCUGCAGAGAACCCCGCUGGGACGCCUACCUUAUCGCGCUUUUUCUUCUCCGACUUGCCGCUCAGUCAGUACACUCGCCGAGGCCUCAAAGACGGAGGUUUCCACCUUCUCAGCUCCAUCCAGGCUCGAGCAAUUCCCCACGCCCUCCGGGGCGCCGACAUCCUCGGAGAAGCUAAGACGGGAAGCGGAAAAACGCUGUGCUUCGUGAUCCCUGUUCUGGAGUGUCUGUACAGAAACUGCGUUAGCAGCAUCGACGGCUUGGCCGCCCUCAUUCUUGCGCCUACGCGCGAGCUGGCCGUGCAGAUAUUCGACGUCAUCAAACUCGUUGGCCGACACCACGAAUUCUCAGCCGGAUGUUUAAUCGGUGGAAAGAGCGUCCAGGCGGAGGCGCAGCGUGUGAACGCUCUGAACAUUGUCGUCGGCACUCCAGGCCGCGUUCUUCAGCACAUGGAGGAGUCGCAGUUGUGGGAGGCGAGCGGCCUAAAGAUUUUAGUGAUUGACGAAGCAGAUCGCCUAGUGGACAUGGGAUUCUUCGAAACCUCCCGGAUGAUCAUCAGUCAGCUCCCGACUUCUCGCCAGUCUCUGCUCUUCUCCGCCACUCUCAAAAGCGCCGUCAAACGCCUCGCGGCUCUCGCAGCUUCGACGGAUGCGGAGCGCAUCUCGGUGGAUCCCGGUGUGAGCGCGACUCCGGUGUCGCUACGCCAGAGCUACGUGGUGGUGCCUGCGCAGCACAAACUCAGCGCACUCUUUUCGUUCCUGCGGACUCACUCUUCGAAGAAGAUCCUCGUCUUCGUAUCCAGCUGCAAACAAACGCGCUUUCUGUACGAGGCGCUCCGGAUCCUAAAGCCAGGUGUGACGCUGAUGUAUCUGCACGGCCGGCAAAAGCAACAGAAGCGCUUGGAGGUUUUUCAGUCCUUCGUGGAGCGUUCAGGCGAGUGCUGCCUCAUCAGCACGGAUCUGGCCUCCCGAGGAAUCGAUUUCACGCAGCUGUCUCUGUUCACGGCGAGCAAGCUGGGACCUACGGGCUUCUCUGGAAAGAGACGCGCGCGCGAGGAAGACGAGCGGACGCAUGCAGAGCGACGCGCGGCGGGCCAGAGAACGGGCAGCGCGCGAGGCCGACCCGACGACGCCGCUCGCGGAGUCGACUUCGUCGUACAGCUCGACUGCCCAGACAGCGUCGAGACGUACAUCCACCGCGUAGGCCGAACGGCCAGGAUGCAACGCAAGGGACAGGCUCUCCUCAUGAUCCUCCCCUCGGAAGUCCAGUUCGUUGACCGCCUCCGCGACAAAAAGAUCGAGAUGAAGCAGCUCUUCAUGAAUCCGAAGAAGGCGGUACGGGUUGAAAAUAAGCUGCAGUCGAUCCUUGCGCAAAACACUGCUCUGAAGAUCCUUGCGCAGCAGGCCCUGACGAGCUAUCUCCGUUGCGUCGCGUUGAUGCCGGAUAAGACCGUCUUCUCUCUCCCUACAGAGAAGAAAGCCUUGACAGCGCUCGCGAACGCGUACGGUCUCUCGCUGCCUCCCAAUGUCACGCUUCUCGUGGACGAAAAGGCGAGGCCGCAGAAGGGCGGAGAGGCUGAGUGCGGCGAGGGAGAGAGCAGCGUGUCCACCGGCGGGGCAGUGGCUGUGACGGAGAUGAAGAAAAAGAAGAAUCUCUCGAAGCUGGAGAGACUCAAGGAGAAAAUCCGACAAAAGAAGGCAGAGAAAGAAGCGCGACGCCAGACCCAGAGUCUCGACACAGAGACGAGAGAGGCCGGGGAGACGGAGACUCUGGUGGAGGUGGAGAGUGCAGCGGAGAUUAAGGAGAAGAAGGGAAGAGCGAACGAGAGGAGACGGGAGCGGUUUGAAGAACCAAGCGAGGGAGGCCAAGACGACGACGCAGCGGGAAAUCUUGACGACGACGGUCUGCUCGUUUUGAAGGACACGGAAACUGCAAAUCUCGAUGAAAAAGACAAGGGUCGCCUGCUUCAUGAGCAACUCAUGAGGAAACCAGGCUACCGGCGGGAGCAACUGCGUUUCCGAGCAGACGGAACGGCCAAAGUGAAAGGCCUGGCGGCGGCGUCUCUGCAGCAGAGCCACGUGUUUUUUGGAGACGAAGAGGGUGACGAGGAAGAAGAGAGAGACAGCGGAGACAGCGGAGACAAAGGGGACUGGGGCGGAGACGACGAGGGCGAGGAAGGCUCUGGAGAUUUGCCGUCGGCCUCGGGCCGCGCGGCGUUUCUGCAGAGAAUGCGGAAGAAGGUGCUUGCCGCGCAGCAAGGCGACAAGGAAAGACAUCGACAGAGGAUCCAUGAACUACACACGCGACAGCGGCAGAAGGCGCGCGCGCGUCGCCAGGCUCAGGCUGCAGAACAAGGCAAUGCCCCUCAGGCUGUGUUGGACCUCCGCAACAGCCCGUGGGAAGAAGACGAAGAAAGCGCAGAAGAAAGAGAAGGCGGCGAGGAAGAAGACGCUGAGCAGCCUGGUGGGAGGCGCGUGGCGAGGCGUUCUUCGUCGCCUGGCGCAAGUGACGAAGAAUGCGAAGAAACGAGGGGCGAAAAGAGGCGGAAAGCAGAUCGGCAUGAGACAGGAGUCGCGGGAGGAGGUGGGAGCAAACGCCAGCGACGGGACAGAGUCGCGUCGCAGGCGACAGAUGACGGCGUUCCAGAAGAAGAUUUGGAGGCACUGGCUCUGCAGGUUUUACAGGGGAAGGCGUUGUAG